GCGAGAAAAUGAGCGAGACGAAGAAGAGCAAGAAAUUCCAGAAGCAGGAGGCCAAGCAUGCGACUGUAAAGUCUCAGCUGUCCUCCCUGCAGAAGGACUUACAGUGGUGUCUGGAGAGACAGAAGGUGGAAGGCGUCGCUGCCCCAAGGGCAGCCAAGGGACAGCUGCCUCCUUUGAAGGGGAUACGCCCUCAGCGCCAGCUGAAGGAGGUCCGAGAUAAUCUGCUCAAGGGGCUGGAAACCCAAAGGAAGCAGAUUCACCAGCUGAAGGCUGAGAUUGCAGACAAGGCGCAAAAGCUUGGGGAGCCCAGUGAGAGUACAGAUAACGAAGAUGCAAAGAGCAGCAGCUUCUUGUCUUCUGACAAUACCAUGUAUCACAUACCUGAUCUCCCCUAUGAUGAUGUUCCAUGUCGCAUCGUGGAUCUGGACUAUGAACCAGACUAUGUUCUGCAGGACCAAGCCCCAGCUGUGAGCCAGGAUGCCAAGACAGAUGCCCGAGUGGUACCAGAUGUGGUGCCACCACCUGCUGAUGUCAAGCAGACUCUCACCCAGUCUGCAUCCCCACCCAAAACCAGCACAGCGGGCAUCGUGGGGGACAAGCCCCCGAAAACUACGAUUGCACCAUUACCAGUUCAGGGUCUGCACCAGGCACCGAAGGAUGGAAAUUUGGAUACGAAGAAGGAAUCCAUCGAUAAAGCUUCUGUGUGGGGGCAGGCUGAACAGGACUGUCAAAGUGAGAAGCAGAUCUUGGAAUCGCAGAUUGCCCAGGUCUCCAUUGCACUGGAGAGGGAGAAGAAAUCCUGCAGUGAAUUCCGAGAGAAGCUGCAGAUGGAACAGUCCCGACACCAGGUGCAGAAGGCGAAAAACGAUCAGGCCCAGCAAGCACUGAAACAGGAGAAAACGGCCAGCAGCAAGCUCAGGGAAGAACUUCAGGAGGUGAAGAAGAGCGAGCAGAAGAAGGAGGCUGAGAUUAAGCAGCUUACGGCAGCUCUGGACAAAGUGAAGGCCAUUCGUGUGAAGCUUGAGGAGGACCUGAAGACGGAGAAUAUUCGUUAUAGAAAACAAGCCGGGUUCAUGCAGGACAGGGACUUCAAGAUCAACCAGCUUUUGGUGGCACAGGAAAGCAGCCGAAUUGCAAAGGAGAACCUCACUGUUGCCCUGAAAUCUGAGCAAUCCCGCUGCAAGGAUCUCAUCUCUGAGAACAAAGCCAAACAGCUGGAGAUCCAGGAGCUCUCUGCCGCACUGGAACACGAGAGGAUUGCCAGGCAGAUCCUCGAGAAAGAGAUGCAAGGUCUGAAAUCAGAACAAGAGACCAGACAAUCUGAGGUUCAGAAGCUCUCUGCAGCUCUGGCAAGAGACACAAGUGAGUGCAAGAACCUUACUGUUGUCCUGGAAGCAGAACAGAUACUUAGUCAGAACCUUUCUGCUGAGCUGCAGGAAAAAGAAUCCAAGAUCAGCCAGUUGGUCUCGGAGCUAGAAGAGAGCAGAAAGAAGCUUCAGGAGGCAGAGAAGCAUCUGAACAAGAGGCUUGCAAUGGAGCUGACAGAGGAGAAACACACCAACCAAAAGCUCAAGGAGAAAGCUGAGGCUCUAGCCUCUGAGCAGCAAGGCAAGGAGGAGGCCAUCAGCCAACUUCAUGCAGCAUUGGAGGAGGCACGGAGCGCCAACACCAGCCUCUGCGAGGCGCAGGAAAAGGAGAGGUCUCGUUACCAGAUCCACAUCGUCGAUGCCAGGGACCGCCUGGCCAAGACCAAACGGCUUCUGGAGGCCGAGAAAAAGCAGUCCGCUGAGCUCUGCAAGGCCAUCAAACAAGCUGAAGGCUCUGGAGCAGAGAAGGUCCAAGGGUGGCAGCAGGUUAUCGCCUGCAACGAGGGUUUGCUAAAGAUGUACUCCGAGCUGGCCCAGGAGAAGCACCAGAAAGAGCAGCUAGAGACCCUCUUGAGAGAGAUCCAGCACACAGAGCCUGCUGGGAACCAGCAAACCAACAACAAGGAUUCAGCAAAAGACCAUAAGGAGAAAGAAGAGAGAGCCAGGCUCCUGCAAGAGAUCUCCCAACUCCAGCAAAGCCUUCAGGUCUUUGAGGAAAGAGAGGAGCACUGGAAGGAGCAGAAGAGCCUGGAAAUGGCACUGAAGGAGCUGAAAGACAAUGAAUAUCAGGAGCAGCAGAGGAAACUCCAGGGCCAGCUGCAGCGAGCCGAGUGGGCCAGGGAGUCACUCCUGUUCCAGAAGGCCGUUCUCCUGCGGCUGCUCAGCAAACAGGAGCACUGCAAGAGGGCGCUGCCCCCGCUCGUCGCCCAGUUAGCCCGCCUGGCUGGCAUGGAGGCGUCUGACCCUGAUCUGACCGUCACCCCCACGCAAAAGUUUAGAUCAGCGGCCUGGGCCAUCGUGGCAACAUUAAGGCUGAAAUCAGCAGUGGCUUGCUGCAGUGAAUAUGGGAGAGGAGACAUUGGAAAAAAAACGGCCCCUCCAGAAAAUGAUCUGCAGGCUCUAACCCAGAGCUCCGGCUCCACCACCAUGUUCCAGAAGACCGGAGAUACCCCAGUCACAGCAGAGAUCUGCUCAUUGGCAAAGUAGAGUCCCUCCAAGUUGCCAAUUCUGAACCAGAGAAGAUCUUCUGGAAAGAAGAUAUGAACUUUAUUCCUGCCAAUUGGAAAUUCAUAGUUUCCAUUUGGAGGAUACCCCAGUGUAUCCUUAAGUGUGGAAGACUUAAAAUAAUUAACUAAUGAACAAAACUAUUUUCACACAACAUUUUUAACAUUUUCUGUGCGAGGACUGUACGAGUGCACACUUCUGACCACCAGAUGGCGCUGUGCGCCAACAUUUCAAGCACAGCUACGCUGCAGACGGUCAGGUGUACCCGUGUACAUGUGCUACACAUGUGCUGCACAUGGAGGUUUUCUUGCUGGUUUUAAUAUUUAAAAUAUAUACUGGAGAUUCUUAGGAAUUGAAAUAAGGCAAUAAGUGCAACAUAUUCAUGUUAUUUAUGAAAUAUUUAUUUGAAAACAGACAGUCUCGGUCAUUUUAAACCGAACGGAUAGGUAUUCUAUACCCUUGUCUGAUUUUGUGACAUCUUAUUGAUUGAACAAAAAAAAUAAAAUUAUUUCUAAAA